UUGUUAGGAAGACCAACAAGAGGAUUUUGCAUGCCAGAACUACAGGUGGUGUCUCUCCCUCCUGCCAGGAGUGUGCCUGGUGUCAGUAUGAAGCUGAAAAAGCAGGUGACAGUGUGCGGGGCUGCUAUCUUCUGUGUGGCCGUCUUUUCCCUGUACCUAAUGCUGGACCGAGUGCAGCAUGAUCCUGCCAGACACCAGAACAGUGGGAACUUCCCCAGGAGCCAAAUUUCUGUGCUACAGAACCGGAUCGAACAGCUGGAACAACUGUUGGAGGAAAACCACGAGAUCAUAAGCCAUAUCAAGGACUCUGUGCUGGAACUGACAGCCAAUGCGGAGGGCCCACCAGCCCUGCUGCCCUACCACACGGCCAACGGCUCCUGGGCUGUGCUCCCCGAGCCCCGGCCCAGCUUCUUCUCUGUCUCCCCCGAGGACUGCCAGUUUGCUUUGGGGGGCCGGGGUCAGAAGCCAGAGCUACAGAUGUUAACUGUGUCUGAGGAUUUGCCGUUUGACAAUGUGGAGGGCGGCGUGUGGAGGCAAGGCUUCGACAUCUCCUACAGCCCAAACGACUGGGAUGCUGAAGACCUGCAGGUGUUUGUGGUGCCCCACUCCCACAAUGAUCCAGGCUGGAUCAAGACUUUUGACAAGUACUACACGGAACAAACCCAACACAUCCUCAACAGCAUGGUGUCCAAGCUGCAGGAAGAUCCCCGACGGCGCUUUCUCUGGGCAGAAGUCUCCUUCUUCGCCAAGUGGUGGGACAACAUCAGUGCCCAGAAAAGGGCAGCAGUUCGAAGGCUGGUGGGGAAUGGGCAGCUGGAGAUCGCAACGGGUGGAUGGGUGAUGCCGGAUGAGGCCAACUCCCAUUACUUUGCCCUGGUCGACCAGCUCAUCGAGGGACACCAGUGGCUGGAGAGAAACCUGGGUGCAACUCCUCGCUCGGGCUGGGCAGUGGACCCCUUUGGACACAGCUCCACCAUGCCUUACCUGCUGCGCCGUGCCAACCUGACCAGCAUGCUAAUUCAGAGGGUGCAUUACGCCAUCAAGAAGCACUUUGCGGCCACUCACAGCCUGGAGUUCAUGUGGAGGCAGACGUGGGAUUCAGACUCCAGCACAGAUAUCUUCUGCCACAUGAUGCCCUUCUACAGCUACGACGUCCCACACACCUGUGGCCCUGAUCCUAAGAUCUGCUGCCAGUUUGAUUUCAAACGUCUGCCGGGUGGGAGAAUCAAUUGUCCUUGGAAGGUGCCGCCUCGGGCUAUCACAGAGGCCAACGUGGCAGACAGGGCAGCCCUGCUCCUGGACCAGUACCGGAAGAAGUCCCGGCUGUUUCGAAGCAGUGUCCUCCUUGUGCCACUGGGUGAUGACUUCCGAUAUGACAAGCCCCAGGAAUGGGAUGCCCAGUUCUUCAACUAUCAACGGCUUUUUGACUUCCUCAACAGCAAGCCAGAGUUCCACGUGCAGGCACAGUUUGGGACCCUCUCUGAGUAUUUUGAUGCCCUGUAUAAGAGGACAGGAGUGGAGCCUGGUGCCCGGCCUCCAGGGUUUCCUGUGCUGAGUGGGGACUUCUUCUCCUAUGCUGACCGGGAGGACCACUACUGGACAGGCUAUUACACUUCCCGGCCUUUCUAUAAGAGCUUGGACCGCGUGCUAGAAACUCACCUUCGAGGGGCAGAGGUUCUAUACAGCCUGGCUUUGGCGCAUGCCCGCCGUUCUGGACUGACUGGCCAGUAUCCGCUGUCUGAUUACGCUGUCCUGACGGAAGCUCGCCGUACACUGGGCCUCUUCCAGCACCACGAUGCCAUCACCGGAACUGCCAAGGAGGCAGUAGUAGUAGACUAUGGGGUCAGGUUGCUGCGUUCCCUGGUCAGCCUAAAGCAGGUCAUCAUCAAUGCUGCCCACUACCUGGUGCUGGGGGACAAGGAGACCUACAGCUUUGACCCUAGGGCACCUUUCCUCCAAAUGGAUGACAGUCGAGUAAGUCACGAUGCCCUGCCUGAGCGCACGGUGAUCCGUCUGGACUCCUCACCCAGGUUUGUGGUGGUCUUUAACCCACUGGAACAGGAGCGGCUCAGUGUGGUGUCCCUGCUGGUCAACUCGCCCCGGGUGCGAGUGCUUUCAGAGGAGGGUCAGCCCUUGUCUGUGCAGAUCAGUGUGCAGUGGAGCUCCGCCACCAACAUGGUCCCCGAUGUCUACCAGGUGUCAGUGCCUGUCCGCCUGCCAGCCCUGGGCCUAGCUGUGCUGCAGCUGCAGCCAGAUCUCGAUGGACCCUACACACUGCAGUCUUCAGUGCAUGUCUACCUGAACGGCGUGAAACUGUCUGUCAGCAGGCAAACAACAUUCCCUCUCCGUGUUGUGGACUCGGGCACCAGCGACUUCGCCAUCAGCAAUCGCUACAUGCAGGUCUGGUUCUCCGGCCUUACUGGGCUUCUCAAGAGCGUCCGACGUGUGGACGAAGAGCAGGAACAGCAGGUGGACAUGAAGCUCUUCGUCUAUGGAACCCGCACAUCCAAGGAUAAGAGUGGUGCCUACCUCUUCCUGCCUGAUAACGAGGCUAAGCCCUACGUCCCUAAGAAACCUCCUGUGCUGCGCGUCACCGAAGGCCCUUUCUUCUCAGAGGUGGCUGCGUAUUACGAGCACUUUCACCAAGUGAUUCGACUUUACAACCUGCCAGGGGUAGAGGGGCUGUCUCUGGACGUGUCGUUCCAGGUGGACAUCAGGGACUACGUGAACAAGGAGCUAGCCCUGCGCAUCCACACAGACAUCGACAGCCAGGGCACUUUCUUCACAGACCUCAAUGGCUUUCAGGUACAGCCCCGGAAGUAUCUGAAGAAGUUGCCCCUGCAGGCUAAUUUCUACCCUAUGCCAGUCAUGGCCUACAUCCAGGAUUCCCAGAGGCGCCUCACGCUGCACACUGCUCAGGCUCUGGGUGUCUCCAGCCUCGGCAAUGGCCAGCUGGAGGUGAUCUUGGACCGAAGGCUAAUGCAGGAUGACAACCGGGGACUAGGCCAAGGGCUCAAAGACAACAAGAUCACCUGCAACCAUUUCCGCCUCCUGUUAGAACGUCGAACCCUGAUGAGCCCUGAGCCUGGCUUUUUCUCCAAACUGGCAGCCAUGUUUAGGGGCUUGAUCUUUUCCAGCAACACAAUCAGGAACUCAAAGGUCCAACAGGAGCGCUCUACAAGCUACCCGUCCCUCCUCAGCCACAUGACUUCCAUGUACCUCAACACACCUCCUCUGGUCUUACCGGUGGCCAAGAGGGAGGGCACCAGCCCCACUCUGCACUCUUUCCACCCUCUGGCUUCUCCGUUGCCCUGUGACUUCCAUCUGCUCAAUCUGCGCAUGCUCCCCGCCGAGGACACCUUGCCCGCGGCUGAUGCUGCUCUCAUCCUACACCGCAAGGGUUUUGACUGUGGCCUUGAAGCCAAGAACCUGGGCUUCAACUGUACCACAAGCCAAGGCAAGCUGGCCCUGGGGAGCCUCUUCCAUGGCCUGGAUGUGCUAUUCCUGCAGCCCACCUCUUUGACUUUGCUAUACCCUCUGGCCUCGCCCUCCAACAGCACUGACAUCUCUCUGGAGCCCAUGGAGAUCAGCACCUUCCGCCUGCGCUUGGGUUAGGUUAGGGCUUCUUGUGGCCUGAAGACGAAGUUCAUCCACAAAGACUGCCUCCUAACACCAAGACCGAGUUGGACCAGCCACACUGAGUAUCACAUUCUGCCUCAGAACUGACAGACCAUGCUCUGCCCUUACGUUGUCUAUUGCUGCUUCUGUGUUUGGGCCAGCCCUUACAUCAGCAGACGGCGGAUGCAGUGGGACAGGGAGAGGAGGCCCUUCCCUUGGGUUGUAAGUAGCUGCCCAGCUGGGCACAGCUCAGGUUCCAUCCUUUUCCCACAAUGGGAUCUAGGAAGAGCGGGGACAAACAGAAGAGGUCAGGGAGGCUGAGGGGAACAACCUCGCACCAGGUGACUGGAGUUACGACCGUGCUCUGUGGGGUGAUGGGGCCCCACAGUGCUGGUAUGAGGGCACAGGAGCAGGGUGAUUCUGGGAGAUGAGGGGUAGGUACCUGUUAUUAGUGGAGUAAAGGCGUGGAGGAGUCCCUGUUUCUCCUGAGAGCCUAAAGGCUUCGUUGCUCUGUUCUGGCUCUGCUCUAAGUGCUGCUGGGCCUUUAUGCCCUGGCUAGGGGCUGCUGGGUGGGAGGAAGGGCUUGCUGGACACUCCAGGCCGAGGCCACAGAGCACUUGAGGUACUCGUGCCAGUUUUCAGCUGCUCAUUUGGUGUUGAUUUGUGGCAGGGUAGGGAGUGUUUCCACCUGACCUGCUUCUUUAUCUCACACACCAGUCUCCCCACAAGUUCCCAUUGCCGGGACCCUGGCAGGGUUCCUUUCCCUAGAAGGGAAACGGAGCUUCCAAGACCUCUAUGCUUGGGCAUCUUGGGAAAGCAAUCCCAUGCUGGAUCCCCCGGCAGGUUAACCGUGUUCCAUCUGCCCGGUGUGUGGACAAGGAAGACAGAGAUAAAAUUAGGAGGCCAUAUGCUUCGAUGAGCCUCCGGUUUUGCUUCACUCAAUAGAGAAUCUGUCUAUAAACGAUAAGAUUUGGUAAAAGCGAAGUUUCAUCCUUAUGAAAACGUAGUAAGCCAAGUUAGAAAGAAGCGCCAUGAUCUAGAGAAAGGUCUCUGUCACCAGUUACUAAGGCACAGCGCAGCCAUUCCCCUGAGAGUCAGAAGCUGGCCGGUGGCAUGCUGGUACUUAAGGGUGUCCUGGUGUCACUAACCCAUACUCCAGAUGGAGACAAGAAUUAUAAUUGCCACUGUUUUAAAACCAUAAGCUACCUAAGAAACCUGCGUCAGCCAAAGACCCGGCAAGGCUUUCUAUGAGUUGCCCUGUGAAGACUGGUUCUCCCAAAAUCAGCCCAUAAAAAUUAAUGUCAUUCCCACGAGAUUGGAUACUUUUUGGAAUUCUGCAGAUUCUGGUGUUCAUCUGGAAGAUGACAGGCUGAAGAUGUGAAGUAGUUCUGAAUGGCAGUGGUGAUGUGUGGCCGGUGACACUGAGGCGGUGUCUUAUCAGAGUUCUCAAAGGACUUGGACUCUUCUGCCAGUGUGAAUUCAGCUGCCAUGAGAGGUCAGGUCACACAGACCUAGGCACAUAGAAAUUUAGUAUAUGAUUUCAAGUGCAGGGGAGGGGAGAUGAAGUAUUUACUAGUGCUUUGAGACAACUAGCUAUCUGUGAGACUUCUAUCUCGGUUUCAAAAACAAAAUAAAACCAAAAAAUCCUAGGGCUAGAGGGGAAAAAAACAAACAAAAGAAAACAACAAAAUCAUCAUCAUCAUCAUCAUCAUCAUCAUCAUCAUCAUCAUCAUCAUCAUCCCACUAUGUACCUCUGACUGUGCUGGAACUCUCUAUGUAAACCACGCUGGCCUGGAAAUCACCAAGAUACUCACCCACCUCUGCCUCCUAAAUGCUGGGACUAAAGGAUUGUACACCUGGAAAGAAAAAAUAUUUUUAUAUCCGUUGUAGGAAAGGCUUUUCUAGACAUAACGUGAAACCGAAUACAUAAUGGGGGGAAAGACAUACACACACACGCAAAGCUUGAGAGCAUGCUAUAGGAAACAGGUUAAAUCAAUACAGGUGCGCGGGUGGGAGAGCAUCUGUGUGAGUACCUUCAUUGCAGGAGAAAGUGUUUUGACUUCUCAGAGAACGGCACCAGGGUCUGUCCAGCAGUCACCCAAAGAUUCAGCAGUGACAGGGUUGAGUUCUCUUGCAGGUCCUCCAGAGUUUAUGCUGCCAGGCUCAGACCACAGGGCUUCCUAGUCAUGUCUUGGUGACAGAAAUAAGGCGAAGCUUGGAGAGCACUUAUCAUAGAGUGGGGGUUGUGGACAAGCUCCUCAGCGAGAGCGUAAACACGGUAGAAAGCCUACAGAAACACUCGGACAGCAAGUGUUGUUUGCUGGUCUGUGGUUUGUAAUCAAAUGAUAGGGGACACUGUGAACCCCUAGGAACUUUGCAGAAUAAAGGAUAUUCUUUGGAGGUCAGA